CGCUCUCCCGUGAGCCCGCGCGCGGCGCGGCGGCGGCGCCAUGUCGGUGGCGUUCGUGCCCGAGCGGCUGCGCGGCAAGGCCGAGGUGAACCAGGAGACGCUGCAGCGGUUGCUGGAGGAGAACGACCAGCUGAUCCGGUGCAUCGUGGAGUACCAGAGCAAGGGCCGGGCCACCGACUGCGUGCAGUAUCAGCAUAUCCUGCAUAGAAACCUCAUUUAUUUAGCUACGAUUGCAGAUGCGACUCCCCCCAGCACGCAGAAGGCUGGAGACUGACUGCACAUAAGUCACACAAGCAGUGAUGCUUUAAGAAGCUGUAGAAAUACUUAUAGUCCCACUUUUGAGAGCUGAUGUGUGGUCUUGAAAGGCUGGUAAAAAGUCAUCUGUACUUUUAUGUUAAAAACAUGAAUAAUGGGUUUGAUGUGGUAUUGGGCUUUCUCCUCAUUGCUGUAAGCAGAACUUCAGGGUGAUAAUGAUCACACUCCCUUUUCCCUCUGGAAAAACUCCUUGUGGUAUGCUUCUGAAAGUAGCCUAGUUGUUAGGACAGCAAGACCAGAGGUGCCUUUGGGGGACUCUUGUACUGUCACUGAAUUGGAGACUGCUUCAUCACUCUUGAGUCUGUGUAAUGUAUAUUAAGAGGGUAAGCAUUUACCCAACCUACCUCCAGCAGGACAAAGGCAGGGAUAAUAUUGCCAGCCACAUGCACAGUAGACUGGUUGGGAGCUUGUGUAGGAAUUGUGCUGAAUAAAAUGGAGAUGUUCUUCUUUAGUUGUAGCAUAUUCUGGAUUAACGUAACAUAUCAACAAAAGAGCAACUCAAGUGAUUCCAUGAAACAGAAAUAUUAACGGUUCCAGGAAACAGGGGACCCCUUGCAUAACUUGGAGUAAGUAACUGCAAGAGAGAAAGAGCUUUACUUUCAGUGAGAGAAGGCUGAGGGUUUGCCUCACUUGUGUCAAGACUUCCGUUUUGCUCUGUACUGCAGCCUUUGUGAACAAGUAAAACUCUUGUAUCCUCA